AACUAACUUCAUUGAAUUUGACUGUUUCUGUGACUGAGUAAGCAAGUGAGUGAGAGAAAGAAGUGAGAAGUGAUGGCUUUGAUCGCGAGUACUAACGUGUUCAACGUUGCGAGUUUUCAACUCAAAGAAACUGAAAUUCCCUUUUCAAGUUUCAGCGUGAUUCGCAAGCGUUUCGGAGUUUGUCCUGAGCGGAAUGUGGUUCUAAAAAGCAAAGGAAAUGCAGCGAUUCUUCCCAAAGUUAGAGCACAGAAUAAUCCUGGCUAUGUUCCAGAAUCCAAAUUUUACAAAGUUGAAGCUAUUGUCAGACCCUGGAGAAUCCCUCAUGUUUCUUCGGCUUUGUUGAAAAUGGGAAUUCGUGGUGUCACUGUAUCUGAUGUCAGGGGGUUUGGUGCUCAGGGUGGUUCAAAAGAGAGGCAGGGAGGCUCUGAAUUUUCUGAAGACAAUUUUGUUGCCAAAAUUAAAAUGGAAAUAGUGGUGAGAAAAGACCAGGUUGAUGCAGUAAUAGACAAAAUUAUUGAGGAGUCAAGGACUGGGGAGAUUGGUGAUGGCAAAAUUUUCUUGAGCCCUGUGUGUGAUGUGAUAAGAAUUCGCACAGGUGAGCGUGGGGAGAAGGCUGAAAGGAUGACUGGGGGGCGCUAACUGACGUGUCGUCUGGUUGAACGAUAGAUUAGCAUUUCCCUUGUGCAAUUGAUUACAUUGAUGUAUGUUUUGUGUAUAUUCAGCACUUUGCUGUUAGAUACUUAGAUGUGUGCAGUAUUAUAAGGACAAUGUAGUUAACACAUGCUGAGUUGCUAAUAGUCAAUAAGAAUUUGAUUGUGGAACCAAUCUA